AUGGACAAGCCAGUAUAUGAUGCAGAAGUUAAACUAGUGCUGUUGGGUGAAUCGUCUGUGGGCAAGUCUGCGCUCGUGACGCGCUUUACGACUGGCAGCUUUUAUCGCAACAAUGCUACGAUCGGAGCAGCAUUCACUACCAAGUCAAUAUCGUGGGAGAAUGAGUCUGGAGUGUGGAAAGUGAAGCUCGAGAUUUGGGACACAGCAGGCCAAGAACGAUACCGGUCGCUUGCGCCGAUGUACUAUCGGAAGACGGACGUAGCGAUGGUAGUUUUCGACGUUACGGACGAAAGUACACAAAAGAAGGCUGACUCUUGGAUUCAGGAGCUGCAAGGCUAUAUGCAAGACGAAGAGGCACCUAAUAUCGUUAUUCAGGUUGUCGGUAACAAGAUUGAUCUUCUAGAAGCGCCUCUCGCCUCUGAUACUGACUGGAUCCCAGUGAGCGCCAAGACUGGAUCGGGCGUAGCGCAACUCUUCGAGCGCGUGGCUAAGCAAGUCCCUGUUUCCAAGUUUACCGCCUCCGAUUCUGCCACCUCUGCAGUUGUCGACCUAGCAUCCGCACGACACAAGACCUUUACUUCUAAUUGCAAUUGUUAA